CAACUCAGGCACAGACAAACAAUUUCAUUCCUGGCUGAGCUUUGCUGAAAGGAAACUUAAGCACCAUUGAACCAAGAGACCUCCCCUCGCCAGCUCCCACUUGCUGCUAUGUGUAAAGGACUUGUAUCGCUGCCUGCCUGCUGCUUGGAAAGAGCCAAGGAGCUGAAAGCAAGGCUGGGAAUUCUUCUGCAAAAGCCCAUUUGCACUUUAUCCUGCUGCAAAAUAGGGAAAAACAAACCAACCCUGGAGGAAUGCCUGAAGUGGAAAGAAUCAUUUGAAAGGCUACUGUCCAGUAGAUAUGGAUUGUGUGCCUUCACAGCCUUCCUGGUUUCUGAAUUUAGCGAGGAGAACAUUGCAUUCUACUUUGCUUGUGAAGAUUACAGAAGAACCAAGUGUCCUACCAAGUUACUCACCAAAGCCCAGAAGAUCUAUAAUGAAUUCAUCAGCAGUGAAGCUCCACGAGAGGUAAAUAUUGACCAUGAAACCCGUGACAUAACCAAAGCCAACUUGAUGAACCCGUCGCCGUCUUGUUUCGACCAAGCUCAGCACAGGAUCUACAUGCUGAUGACCAAAGACUGCUACCCUCGCUUUCUCCACUCUCCAGUUUACAGGGAUCUACUGUGCCAAGCUAAACCGAGCACAAAACUCACCAAUCUGCCCCAUCUGGUCAAAAAAGUGUGAAGUCGAUUUUUUUCUGAUUUUAAAGGGACUUUAAGCAUCCUUAAAAUUUAAGCACCCAUGAAAUGUGCAGCACUUGAUGCUGUAUAAAGAAGAUAGUGCUUUGACAUGACAGCAGAAGUAAAGAUUUCUGUGAGGAAAAUGUCACCAAAUGGGCCAGUGGUGCAGAUUCUGUUCUUGCAAAGACAGGAUGACACUGAAAAGGGAAGAGGAAAUUGAGCGCUAUGUGCCAAUACAGAUGAAGUUUAAAAGCACUGUCAUUAGAAAGUUAAACUUAACUGGCUGAAUGACAAUCAAAGAGGACAAUAAGGAAAAAGCACUUUUUUUAGCCAUUAGGCAAACUUUUUUUCUGGUAGUGAUGUGCAAUGAAAUGUACAUUGUUUUUUAAUCUGUACGGUACUUUAUAAAUUUGUAUUUAUUAGUAUUUAUUUGCCUUCAAUGUUAUUGCUGUACUUUUACAAAGCAGAGAUAAAAAAAAAAUUCUGUUUCAAU